CCCACAGUCUCUUCCGGGUGUUUUGGUGUUUUCCCUCAGCUGGACGGCGGACGGUGACAGCGAGCUAACGAAGAUAAAAGCCUUAAUUUUUUGCCAAAAUGAACCGACUUUUUGGAAGAGGAACGCCCAAGGGUCCACCACCGAACCUUACGGACUGCAUAGGGAGUGUUGAUUCUCGGACGGAGUCCACUGACAAGAAGAUUGCCAGACUAGAUGCUGAGUUAGUGAAGUACAAGGACCAGAUGAAGAAGAUGAGAGACGGGCCCUCAAAGAACAUGGUCAAGCAAAAGGCUCUGAGAGUUCUGAAGCAGAAGCGAAUGUACGAGGGCCAGAGAGAUAACCUCAUGCAGCAGUCGUUCAACAUGGAGCAGACAAACUACUCAAUCCAGACCCUUAAAGACACUAAAACCACAGUAAGAGAGUUCAUUUUCUACUGGACGUCUUCACACAUAGAAUGGCUCUUUGUGUUAACAUGUGCUUUUUCCUUUCAGGUUGAUGCCAUGAAAGUCGGCCUCAAAGACAUGAAGAAAGCCUACAAGCAUGUGAAAAUUGAUCAGAUUGAGGAUCUGCAAGAUGAACUCGGAGACAUGAUGGAGGACGCCAAUGAAAUCCAGGAGGCGAUGGGCAGAAGCUACGGCACACCUGACAUCGAUGAGGACGACUUGGAAGCGGAGCUGGACGCGUUGGGAGAUGAGCUCCUGAUGGACGAGGACAGCUCCUACCUGGACGAGGCUUCCACGGCUCCUUCCAUCCCAGAGGGCAUGCCCGGCGACAAGUCCGUCAACAGGGAUGGUGUCCUGGUGGACGAGUUCGGCCUUCCUCAGAUUCCUGCUACAUAAGAGCAUUCAGGAUGCUCGUGCUACUUUUACAUGUAUCAUAGCCUUUUGUAUGUAUCCAACUGACACUCCUAGCCUUAUAAUGCAUAAUCAUAAACCAAAGCAUCUUCUGUUGAAUGCAUUUUGGAAACUAAUGUCAAGUCAGGCAUCUUUAAUUAAAAGUUGUGAUUAUUAUUUUGAGUGAGCUCAUAUCGUAUGUAUCUGAAGUGAAAUUGGAUUCUCUUAAACUUUGUACAGUUUCUGCAGCGUUUGUUGCCAAGAACAAAAUAAAUUAUAUUUUUCAAAGACUACAA